AUGGUCUCCGCCGAGUACUCCGUCGACCUCAAGCUCUCCACGCUCCUCAAUGAAGCGCGCCCGAGCGCCGUCCUCCGCGCCGCCGGGGAGGCCGUGGACGCCGUCGCUCAGCUCAUCAAGAGCGUGCCGCCGCAGCAGGUGGCGCCGGAGGCCGCCUCGGGCUUCGUCAGGGACCUGGGCCUCGCGGCGGAGAAGCUGACAUUUUCCUUCCGGCCGCCGGAGGUGGUGCGGCUCGCAGGGAGCCACGCGGCUGGGGCGGUUGCCAGGCCCGACGUCGCCGCCGACCUUCUCGUCCGCUUGCCUAAGGAAUGCUUUCAUGAAAAGGAUUUCCUGAAUCACCGGUACCAUGCAAAGAGGUGUCUUUACCUCUGCGUCAUCGAAAAGAGCUUGAAUUCGUCUCAUUUGAUCCGCAAGGUUUCAUGGUCUACCUUCCAAGACGAGGCACGGAAGCCUGUCCUCCAUGUAUAUCCAGCGACAGAAAUCGCAGAACUUCCUGGGUUCUAUGUCAGGAUAAUCCCGUCCGCGAGCUCUUUAUUCGAUGUUUCAAAGCUGAAUUUGUCAACAAGGAACAAUGUCCGUGCAUAUACAAAAGAUGGCAUAAACCAACCGACACCUAAGUACAAUAACAGCAUACUGGAGGAUAUGUUUCUGGAGGAAAAUGCAGAAUCUAUCAGCUGCACCUUUGCAAAUUGGAAAGCCUUGCAAGAGGCAUUGGUUUUACUAAAAGUUUGGGCACGUCAAAGAACUUCAAUAUAUGCACAUGAUUGCCUCAAUGGUUACUUAAUAUCUGCCAUCCUUGUGUUUCUUACAAUGGACUCUGGAGGAAGCAUAAUUACUAGAUCCAUGUCCAGAAGACAAAUUUUCCGUGUUGCAAUCAAUUUUUUUGCAACUUCCAAAAUUUGGUCGAGGGGGUUGGUGCUUCAGCCAAUAAAGAAGCGUACGAUCACCAAAGAGUACAUUGCUCAUCUCGUGAGAACAUUUGAUGUUGCCAUAUGUGAUGUAUCUGGCCAUGUCAAUGUGGCAUUUCGAAUGACAAAGUCGGCAUUUUUAGAGCUUCAAGAUGAGGCAGCUUGCACACUUAAUUGCCUUGAUAAAUGCAGAGAUGGUGGAUUUGAAGAGCUUUUUAUGACCAAGGUUGACUUUGCUGCUAAGUUUGAUUCAUGCCUGAGGGUUAACUUGAAGGGGAACUCCAAAGUUACUGCGUUAAGCUUUUGCUUGGAUGAUGAAUCUUGGCGAGUACUUGAAAAAGAUGUCCAGUCCUUGCUGCAACAAGGACUUACAGAUAGAAUAAAGAUGAUCCGCGUCCUGUGGAGAAGCACACCUUCUGAAUGGAAUAUAAUGGAUGGUUUCUCAGAGUUUGGUACCAGCCCACUGGUUGUCGGCGUAAUGCUUAGCUUGUUGGAGAAGAGUUAUCGUUUUGUUGAUAUUGGUCCAAAUCCUGAGAAUCGUGAUGAGGCUAUUAAAUUUAGAAAAUUUUGGGGAAAGAAAGCUGAACUUAGGAGAUUUAAAGAUGGGGCUAUUGCUGAAAGCACAGUGUGGGAAACUGAGACUUGGGAGAAGCACACAAUCAUCAAAAGAAUCUCUGAUUAUGUGCUUACCAAGCAUUUGCUGUUGCGGAAGGAAGAUUUGACUCAUGUUGUUGAUCAGCUUGACUUUUGCCUUUUGGUUGGCGGGAAAGAUCCAGUGUCGUCUUCUGGAGCUUUGCUUGGAGCCUUUGAUAAUCUAACUAAGCAGUUGCGUCUGCUGGAUGAUAUUCCUCUUAAAAUAACCACUGUGCAACCUCUAGACUCAGCUUUUAGGCACACAUCUGUGUAUCCUCCUGAACCUCAUCCAUUGGCAUAUGAAAAGAGUUCUCAGAAGCUACCGAAGUUUGCACCAACUUGUAUUCGAUCUUUGGAAGUCAUGAUUCAGCUCGAGGGGUCUGGUAACUGGCCCCUGGAUCCCUUAGCCAUGGAGAAGACAAAAUCUGCAUUUCUUCUAAGAAUUGGUGAAAGCCUGGCGGAUCGAGGGAUGUUUGUAACAGCCAGUGAAGAUGAGGUCAAUGUUCUUACAUCUGGCUAUUCGUUUUUGCUUAAAAUAUUUCAUGAAAGAGGUCUGGUGGUACAAAAGCAAGCUGCAGACGCUAACACACAAAGUGAUCCAUCAGAAGAUAAGGAGCUCUUUCUGCGGAGCCAGCACUCAAGCAUGAUCAAUGGUCUGCACGGUCGUUACCAAGUGUAUGGGCCGGUAGUCAGGCUAGCAAAAAGAUGGAUUUCUGCACAUCUAUUCUCUUCAUUUAUCUCAAAGGAGGCAAUUGAAUUGGUGGUUGCAUACCUAUUUUUGAAGCCAUUUCCAUUUCACGCCCCAUCUUCACGGGUUGCUGGGUUUCUUAGGUUCCUGCGAUUGCUGUCCAGUUUUGACUGGACCUUUUCACCCAUGGUCGUGGACAUAAAUAAUGACUUCAACCUGAAGGAUGAGAAAGAAAUCAAUGAAAAGUUUAUGCUGAGCAGAAGAUCUUAUGAGCAAAAUCCUCAUGAUAUAGAGCCUGCAAUGUUUCUGGCUACAUCGUAUGAUAAAUCAUCUGAAGCUUGGACAAAACAUUCACCAAGCAAGUCGGUUCUCAAACGGAUGGCUUCAUACGCCAAAAGCAGCGCUGAGCUGUUAACAGAUCUCAUCGUUCAUGGUCAAUCAGGCCAAUAUACAUGGGAGUGCCUCUUCCAAACACCUUUAAGCAAUUAUGAUGCUGUUAUACUACUACAUCAAGAGAAGCUUUGUCGUCCUCAACAUGUUCUUUUUCCUGCUGAGACUCCUAAUGGUAAGAUGGUAAUCAAGGGCAAUCCAAGUAAUGAUUUCCACCCUUAUAUGCCACUCAGUCAAAGUGUUGUGAGAAGCUCAAGAGAUAAACUCUUGUUAAAUUUCGACCCUACCACAUGCUUCUUAAGAGACUUGAAGUGUGCAUUCCCUGUGACCUUCAAACUGUGGCAUGAUUCGGUUGGAGGAGAUGCAAUUGGUCUUACAUGGGAGAACUCGAAGAAGCGUGGCAGAGAUGAGGCCGAGGAAGCCAUGCCAGAUCCAGCUUCUAUACUCAAGGAGGUUGGAGACGUGGGCAAAGGUUUGGUGAGGAGUGUAUAUCUCCUCAAAGCACCCAAGCUUCAGUAACCUUUUGGGCGAAGGAUCUUGCUGAGGUUGCUGAUGGGCACGAGAGCACCUAACCCAGUUUCCUCCACCAGCAAGAGAUAGAAGGAGCGCCCACCAAGUGGAUCAGAUGUUAUUUAUAGCAAUGUAUAAAGUCGUGACGAUAUCAGUGGUUCUCCUUGGACUCUAAUCGGAAGAUGGAGUCUGCAACAAUCUGUAUCCCAAUUUUGAUUCUGAGUUGCAGAAAAGUAUAGCAAUGUAGUUGUAUUGCCUGGUUAUGUCAUUUUUUAUCGGCGCAAUGAUGCGCCACUUUGACUCGAGAUGGAAUCAACAUCAAGGAGGUUGGAAAAGCAGGGUUAUAUGAACAUUUGCAUUUGAUUGUA